AGGGGCGCACGAGCCGCGGCCUUUCGCGCGCCGCGGUUUGCCGCGAAACCGCGGCGCACGAGAAAGACUCUCGGGCGGCAUGUCGGGGACGCGAGACGAGUGCGUGUUCAUGGCGCGGCUGGCGGAGCAGGCUGAGCGCUACGAGGACAUGGUGGAGUACAUGAAGCGGGUGGCGCUCAUUGGCACGGAGCUGAACCUGGACGAGCGGAACCUCUUCUCCGUGGCCUUCAAGCAGGCGGUGGGCUCCCGGCGCCAGGCGUGGCGCGCGGUGAACACCCUGGAGAAGCGGGAGGCGGCGGCUUCCAAGGGCGCAGCCAUCUUGGAGCUGGUGCAGAGAUAUCGCGAGAAGGUGGAGGCCGAGCUGAAUGGCAAGUGCCGGGAGGUGCUGAAGAUUCUCUUCGACGAGCUCAUCCCAAAGGCGGGCAGCAGCGAGUCCAAGGUCUUCUACCUGAAGAUGAAAGGAGACUAUCACCGCUACCUGGCGGAGUUUGCGACUGGUGAGACCCACAGCAAAUGCUCACAGGAGGCGCACGACGCCUACCAGUCGGCCUCCGAGACGGCGAUCAGCGAGCUGCCGCCCACGCACCCCGUGAGGUUGGGCCUGGCGCUGAACUUCUCGGUGUUUUACUACGAGGUCUUCUCCUCCCCGGAGAAGGCCUGUCUACUGUCAAAGGCGGCCUUCGAUGACGCCAUGGCGGUCAUGGACCGCCUGGACGAGGACAGCUACAAAGAUAGUGCGGCCAUCAUGCAGCUCCUGCGGGACAACUUGACGUUGUGGACCUCGGACAUGCAGAGCCCCGGCAGCCACACGGACGGCCUGAUUGCGGAGGACUUGUGAGAGGAUGCUCCGAGCGGGGCCGGAGUGACCGCCUCGAUGUCGGUUCAGCCCUGCGCGAGAUGGGUUUGUUUUGCGAGUUGGUACC